AUGCAUGUGUUUUUGUCUAUAUAUGUCUUUAUCUCUCUUCUUGUACUUAAUGAUGCUCAGACAGAAGUUGGUGGUAUCAGAGCUGUACGCCUGGCUCGUGGUACUAGUCUUUACGCUGAAGGGCGAGAUGGUGUUUUGGAAGUUAAUUACAAUGGUAAUUGGGGAACCAUUUGCAACAUUGGAUUUGAUGAGCUAUCAGCUUCAGUUGCUUGCUUUAUGCUCGGGUUUCCACCUCGAGGUGUCCCGAUAAUGAACAGCCUUCGGCGAAUUCCUAAUUCAUCCCCAUUAUUAUCGGAGUUCAAUUGCACUGGAAGAGUUCUAUUGACACCUGGUGCACUAAGUAGUGCUACUACACAUUUGGGCGUUUGUUCCUUUACGAAUGACCUGCCUCCUAUCUGUCUAGUCAGUAACCGACAGACGUCAAUUGUUUGUCUCGACCCUGCCGAAACGACAACUACAACUACUGCAGCUCCAAACUAUAUGACUUUGGCUCCAGUUAACUGUAACUCUUCUGACUACUCGCUUAUUCGCUUGGUAGAUGGGACAAACAAAGCUGGCAGGGUCGAAGUAAAACAUCCUCAAACAAAUCAGUGGGGUACAAUAUGUGCUGAUGGUUUUGACUUGAAUGCAGCACGUGCCCUUUGUCGAAUGUUAUGCACGAGCUCUGAUAAUCUACAAUAUGCCUAUCCAGUUUUGUACAAAUAUGGAAGUGCUUCCAAUUCAACACCAAUUCAUUUAUCACGUUUAGACUGUCCAGUGAAUGCAUCAGGUUUAAAUGAUUGUAAAUUAGGCGGUGGUUGGGGUUCAACACCCGGUUGUACACAUGGUAUGGAUAUUGGUUUACAAUGUGGACCACCGUCAACUACAGAUGAUCCAGAUUUAUAUCAACCUGAAUUUCAUUGUAAUCAAACAACAGCAACAGUCAUAUACGAUAAAUCGUACAAUCCAGAUCUUAAUUCAAGCAUGAUUCGAUUAGAUCAAGACAUGUUACCAAUUGAAUGUCAAUAUCAUGUAGAUGAUAAUGUAACUCAUAUUUUGGCAUUUAUUCCACUUGUCGGCUGUGGUGGGAGUCUUACAUUGAGUAAUACAACUUCUAUUGCAAUCAAAUUAAAUUUGAUUCGUGCAUAUCUAACACCAAAAAGUGGUAUUAUAUCAAAUUUGCCAAUAAAAUUCACUGUCACCUGUUUAAUACCACGUUCAAAUCAAAUUCAAUCAGAAGUUGUCGCUUCACCAAAUAUUACUACAAAUUUAUUAUACAAAAGCGAAAGUAUCUUAUCUACAUUGAAAUUAUUCCGUGAUCAAUUAUUUACUGUGCCAUUACAGCAACCUAUCACGAUCCCACCUGGAGAUAAAAUUUACGCUCUUGUUUCAUUAGUAAAUCCACAAAAAACAAGUAAACUAAUAUUGGAGAACUGUUGGGCAACUGCUACACCUAAUCGUAAUUCAACACCAAAACAAGAUUUAAUUGUUAAUAGAUGCGCUGCUUAUAAAGAUCUUAUAGUUAUCCCAUCAUCAUCUACGCAGGUCGGCUUCACAUUUAAUGCAUUUUAUUUAAAUACCGCUGGAUCGGUAGUUCCCAUCUAUUCAAAUCUUUAUUUACAUUGUGAAGUACGUGUAUGCGAUUCAAGAGAGACUGGUGAAAAUUGUCAACAGUAUUGUCAGUCACCAAUAAUAUUUCCAACAUUACCACCAUCAACUGUGGCAAAUACAACAACGAAAGCGUCAUCAGCGGGCAUUCAGUCGGUGAAAAGAUAUCGUCGUGACUUAAACUUUAUAAAUCCAAAUUUUAUUCGAUCACAUGGGCAUAUUCAUGUAGAGAGUGGACAAGUCGUUACAUUAUACCAACAAGAAUAG